CUUCCACCUUUAUAUAUAACUCAUUCAUAUAUAUCAUUUUCAUCAAGAAAACGAGAAAAGAAGCAAGAACACUAGCACUCACUCUCAAAUCCAAUCACGACCAAAAAGCUAGACUCUCUUGGUAAUCCAGGAGUCCAUCGAGAAUGGCACUAAGCCUAGGAGGACGAAGGAGCAAUAUCUUCGACCCCUGGUCACUAGACGUCUGGGAUCCAUUUGAGGGUUUCCCUCUCUUCACAGGAGCUGUGACCAGUCUCCCAUCCACCCAACGGGAAACAACAGCUAUUGCCACUACACGGGUCGACUGGAGGGAAACCCCAGAGGCUCACAUAUUCACAGUUGACCUUCCUGGGCUGAAGAAAGAGGAGGUGAAAGUGGAGAUUGAGGAUGGCAGAGUAUUGCAGACCAGUGGAGAGAGGUGCAGUGAGUUAGAGGACAUGAAUGAUAAGUGGCACCGUGUGGAGAGGAGCACCGCCAAGUUCUUGAGGAGGUUUAGGUUACCAGAGAAUGCAAAGAUGGAUCAAAUUAACGCUAACAUGGAGAACGGUGUGCUUAAAGUAGUUGUGCCUCAGGAGCAGGCAAAGAAACCUGAGGUUAAGCCUAUUGAAAUGGUUAGAACAGCAGUCUCUUUUCCUGGUGCUAGAAUAAAACUUUUGCACUUCCAGUGUGGUGCCGUCUGUAUGAUAGGGUACUGGUUUAAGCGUUUUGUUUGUGAAACAUGUAUCCUCCCUUUUGGUGUAUUUUCAGUAGUGCAUAGUUUUCAGAGGUUGUGUGAAGUUGCGUUAAAAACUUGAAUAAAUAGCUGCUUUCUUUCUGUUUAA